AGAAGUGGCUACCUCCCUCAGCCUCGCUGACUGGUGUUUCUGUGACGAUAUUAGCCUAUCAAACAAGCGGAUUCUGCUUUCUAGUACAGCGGUACGCCUCUGCCCACCACUCACCUCCUCAUCAACCACUCAUUUUCGAUCUCAAAGCUUUGUAGGUUAAUUUCCUUAUUCUCCUUUUAAAUCUAUUUUUCCUUUUUGAUUUAGAUUUUGCAGAUCAGUAUCUUAAAUACCCAAAUCCUUAUUUCUCUCGCCCACGAAGUCCUCUUCUUGUUCACACCCUACUAUAAUCUCCGCUAGUUCAUCCAUCAUUAUCAAGUUUCUUUGAGAUAUAUUGAUUUUGUCUUCUCCGUAUUUGUUUUUUUUUUCAACAUAAAAUCAGAUCCUUUCUGAGAGAAAAAUGUCGGCUAUUCGUUUUGAUUCAACUAAGCAAUACUAUGCUACAAGCAGUUUGGUAGUUGGUUAUGCACUUUGUUCAAGCUUACUUGCUGUUAUUAAUAAAUUUGCAAUCACCAAAUUCAAUUACCCAGGUUUGUUAACUGCGUUACAGUACCUAACUUCUGUUUUAGGAGUCUGGGUUUUAGGGAAGUUUGGGUUUUUACAUCAUGAUACUUUCACAUGGGAUACUGCCAAGAAGUUUUUGCCUGCUGCCAUUGUCUUCUACCUUGCGAUCUUCACAAACACCAAUCUUUUGCGUCAUGCCAAUGUUGAUACUUUCAUAGUGUUUAGAUCAUUGACACCCCUUUUGGUUGCCUUAGCUGAUACAACCUUUAGGAGGCAACCGUGCCCUUCGAAGCUGACUUUUAUUUCUCUGUUGAUCAUUCUGGGUGGUGCUGUUGGAUAUGUGGCAACUGAUUCGGCAUUUACUUUGACUGCAUAUUCAUGGGCGUUUGCAUAUUUGGUGACAAUUACUACUGAGAUGGUUUACAUUAAGCAUAUGGUGAUGAAUCUUGGGUUGAACACUUGGGGUUUUGUGUUGUACAAUAACUUGUUGUCCUUGAUGAUGGCACCCAUAUUUUGGGUUUUGACUGGAGAAUACAGUGAGGUUUUUGCUGCUUUGGGAGCCAAUGGUGGGGAUUGGUUUGAACCUGUGGCGUUUACAGCAGUAUCUUUGUCGUGCUUGUUCGGUUUGCUCAUUAGUUUCUUUGGGUUUGCGGCUAGGAAGGCGAUCUCUGCCACGGCAUUUACCGUGACUGGUGUGGUGAAUAAGUUCCUUACAGUUGUGAUCAAUGUGCUGAUUUGGGAUAAACAUGCUACUCUCUUUGGGUUGGUCUGCCUCCUCUUCACACUGGCAGGAGGUGUUCUUUAUCAGCAGUCAGUUACUGGACCGCUACGUGAAUCAACAGCGUCUAGGCAGACAGGUGAUGCCGAUGAGGAGGAUGCUGAAGAGAACCAAGCUAAAAGCGUCUCUGGUAAACAUGCUUCAGUAUGAGAAGUAUUAUUUCUUAUUUUUCCUGGUUUUAGCCGCUAAGAAUACUAUUGGAAUGUGUUAGUCUCUAUUACCCCUAAUUUUGGAAGGAUCUUUUCUGUAUAAGAUCGCACAAUCGUUAUCUAGAAUUUAAACAUGGAUAGAACUUAGUGCUUUAGCAUUUUGGAGAUUUAUAAAUUAUUAUGCUUCGUAUUCAUAGUUGACAA